AUGUCAGAGAUUGAGAGGCUGGCGAGCCAAGGCACUGCAGUCAAUCUGGUUGCAGCCGCUUCAAGGCCCUUUCAUUCCGAGAAUUUGUACGCUUUGACGAUUGCCUCUCUUCUUGAUGACGUUACGAUUCCUCCGACAGUUGCAUAUUUUAUCUUCGCUGGCUCGUCGUGUACUUCUUUAACCAUCUCUAAUAUUAUUGUACAAGUCAUUUGGGCAUUGUACCGGGAAAACAGAGUCGUCCUUUCCAUCGCAACAUUUUUCUACGUUGGCGGAGCAGCAACACUUAUCGGUCUAACGAUCCACGAUUACGUCGGGGAAGAGGUGUUGGUUGAUCGAACCCUACGGAACCUACCAGGGUGUUAUGCAUCCAGCGUUCCCUCGAUCAUCGCCGGGUUUUGGAUUGGUCCUCUGAUCGUUGAGAGCGUCCUCUUUGUCCUCGUUGUCUCUCGUGCUUUUUUCUGGUGGAGACAUGAAACCCGUAUCCCCGUUCUGUUAGCCGUCCUGGCCAGGGAUUCCACCCUCUACUUUGCGCUCGUCUUUGCGCUCCUUCUCGCCAACUAUCUUGUCUUCCAGUUUGGACCACCUGCCUUGUCAAGCCUAUUGGUUACACCCACGAUCACGGCGGGUUGCAUCUUGGGCUCUCAUAUGCUUCUCAACGUGCGAGCGAUGAACACCCUCGAGUCCGAGCCCCCUCGUCACGACAUUAUAGAUCUCACUAGCUGGCCACGAUUCAAUCCAACCCAGACGGUGCUAUGCGGCUCCGAUACCUCCCAUGGUCAGGACUAUAUUGGAAAACACAGAUAUGGGUCCUAG